AUGUUUCCAGACUCUGAAAUCGUGUCGGGUGACAAUUUCUUCGAUGCUUUGGACAAUGGCGUGGUGGUGUGUCGACUGGCGAGGAUUAUCCAGGAAAAGGCGAGGACAGCGAUCGACGCUGGAAAAGCGAAAGGGCCAAUGCCGGUGAUAAAAGGUCGUUGCUGGGAGAACGCAGCGCGUCGCAGCUUCUUCUCGCGUGACAACAUGGAGAACUUCAUACAGUUCUGCAGGCGGCUCGGCGUGCACGAGAACCUUCUGUUCGAGAGCGACGAUCUCGUGUUACACGGGCAGCCACGGAACGUGGUGUUGUGCCUGUUGGAAGUGGCUCGACUGGCGUCGAGGUAUUCCGUCGAACCACCGGGACUCGUGCAGCUCGAGAGGGAAAUUGCCGCGGAACAAGAGCGAGAUCUCCACUGUCUGUCCGACAGCGGUAUAUCCCACAGCAGUUUGGUUUCUUGGCAAUUUCAAUCGCCGUCCCCGACCGCAACGAGUCCCAGGCCUCCGACAGAGAAGAUCAAACACAGCAGCUCGGCGUCGGAGGUCGCGUUGACGGCGACAAGAUGGCUGGAUCCGAGCACCGGUGUGACGCACGAGCCAGAGAUGAGGAGGUCGGUGAGCGACAAUGGGCCAGCGGGCAGCGACGGAGUUCCCAGCGACACGACGGAGGACGACUGGUCUCGAGGAAGCGCCGAGGACCCGGACGAGCUUCCAUCGCCGUCGAGUUCACCUUUGCCCUCGCCGGCCGAGCCGCCGGAACACACCGGCCCUAUAACGGAACUCGAUCGCAAGGUAAGAAGAGCCACGGAAGCGGUGCAGAGACUCUGUCAGUGUCCGUCUGAGAGAUGCUCCAAGCUGAAGGUGCGCAAAGUCGGCGAGGGACGGUAUCACAUUGCUGGACGAAAUGUAUUCAUCAGGCUUUUGAAGGGUAGACACAUGAUGGUACGAGUGGGCGGGGGCUGGGACACGUUGGAGCAUUUCUUGGCGAGGCACGACCCCUGUCAGGUGAGGACCCUCAACCGCGAGAGCACGCCGCCUUCGCCUCACGGCAACAAACUCACCAACUUCCUUCCAAUUCGAGCCAAGUAUCGCAGUCCUCCGCCGGAAUCCGUCUCGGCCCGCUAG